AGCAGCGAUAGCCAAACACAGCUGGUGGUCAGCGGUCUGGCCAGCCCCCCUUUGAUGGGCAGUAACUUCUUCCAAUUGUGGCAGAGUGUCAAAAUGAUUGGCGUAUCAGAUAGCCAAUGAUCUUUAAAGAAGAUUGAUAUGCAGCUUAAGGGGGAGGACACUUGUUUUCACUCUUUUAUUCGCAUGCGCAAAAGGUUUUUGUCACUCGUGCGCUUUUGCGUAAACUUUCAUAGCGACGACAGCGUCUGUGUUCAUACAGCAUUUUGAGAGAACUUGCGACCAAAGGAGCUUUGUAAGUACAAAAUGGCAAAGAGGAAAACUUACUUCUCACUGGAAGAAGUCCUCGAACAAUGCACUCGGCGUGACAGUGAUCAGUCGGAGGAAGAUAUUUCCGAAGAAGACAGUGAUGUUUCCUUUGUUGACUCGGUAGCAGAGGAUAUUUUUUUGGAUGGAGGAGACGCUACUCUCGACAUACAAUCAUCAGAAUCAGAUGAACUAUGGGAGCCAGCCAGUAAAAAGACAAGUACAGAGGAACACGAUGACAGCAUUUCGUCAGAAGAGGAGCCACAUCCUUCCACUUUCCAAAGAGUUUCUGGAAGCAGAAGGCCAAGAGGUAGGGGGAGAGGAAGAGGAAGAGGGAGAACUGGCAGCAGUCAAGCUGAGAUGCCAGCCAGUACAUCUGAAGAGGGAUGGAAUGAUACAGAUGCUCCAGACAUAAUACCACCACAGCCCACCUUCAGGCCCAUCAAAUCACCAGGACCUCAGAUCAUACCUACAGCUUCAUACACACUUUUACAGCUUUUUCAACUUUAUUUCACAAACUCCAUGUUGCUGACAAUAAUUAAAAACACAAAUGACUUUGGAUCAACAUGCCACAAGCCCUCUAACCCAUGGAUUGACUUGACUUUACAGGACAUGUAUGCUUUUAUGGCCAUGGUGAUUUAUAUGGGUCUGGUCAAACUCCCUGCAAUCACUGAUUACUGGCGAGGUAGUAAACUGUACAGCCUUCCAUUCCCUAAAAAAAUAAUGUCUGGUAAGAAGUUUCAAAGGAUCUGCCGCUCCCUUCACCUAAGCAGUUUGGAGGACAAUGCUGCUAAUGAGCAGAGAAGAGGUACGGCAGAUUUUGACCGUCUCUGCAAAAUAAAACCAUUAUACACGGAGAUGAGGGAGGUCUGUAAAAAAAACUAUAACCCUGGCCAAGAAAUUUCCAUUGACGAGCGAAUGGUUGCCUCCAAAGCACGUAUUGGAAUAAAGCAAUACAUGAAAAAUAAGCCUGUUCGCUGGGGAUACAAACUUUUUGUUUUGGCAGAUUCGAGCAACGGAUAUACAUGGGACUUUUUCGUGUAUGAAGGGAAGCUGCAGGGAAACAGUGGCAAGGGACUAAGUUAUGAAUCCGUGAUGGAGCUUAUCGAUACACGGUUGCUUGGCACAGGAUACAAACUUUUUGUAGAUAAUUUUUAUAGUAGUCCCUCCCUUUUCUGUGACCUCCUUCAGAAGAGGAUCUGGGCAUGUGGAACAAUACGAACAAAUAGAAUUGGAUUUCCAAAAACCAAAAAAAAUUGCCUGGACUCUAAAUCUCCCCGUGGCAGCAUAAGAUGGAUCCGAAAGGACUCCCUUCUCUUCGUUCAGUGGCGAGACACAAGGGAUGUGUUCCUGUGCUCAACCCUCCACACAGCCCAUGCUGGGGACACUGUUCAAAGGAGAGUUAGAGAUGCAGAUGGACACUGGGUGCUGAAAGACAUCUCUGUUCCACCAGCAGUGAAGGAGUAUAAUCGGUGCAUGGGUGGGGUGGACCACUCCGAUGCCUUGAUAAACUACUAUAAAGUCAUCCACAAGACUCAGAGGUGGUAUAAGACAUUUUUUUAUCAUUUUCUGGACAUUGCUGUUGUGAAUGCCUUCCUGCUUCACAAGAGCAUCACAAAGGGUAAAGGAGAGGUACCCAUGCACCAAAAGGCUUUUCGGGAGACACUUAUUGAGGAGCUGGCAGCGGCAGCUGGCAGCCUUGCUCCAUCGCCCGCACCAUCACCCUCUCCAAACAGAGCACAUCACAAGCCUGUGCAUAUCAGUGGACACAGCACCACAGGUCGUCUGAGGUGCAGACACUGCCAGACAAAGACACCAGUAAAGUGCUCCUCCUGUGAUGUGCCUUUGUGCUUUUUGCCAAGUCGAGAUUGUUAUAAAGACUGGCAUGAUGCCAAUGAUCUCUAAAAAAUAUAAUUGUAAAAAUACAUUUGUGUGAAAAACUAUAUAUAUAUUUAUACACCCACAGAUGCAUAUACAUAAUGU